AUGGAGAGGGAAAUGUCCAACCAAACCACCGUGACCGAGUUCCUUCUCCUGGGAUUCUCGGAUGUUCGGGAGCUGCAGAUUUUGCACUUUGUGAUGUUUCUGGUAAUUUAUCUGGCAGCCUUGAUGGGGAAUCUUCUCAUCAUCAUAGUUGUUGCAUUUGACCACCACCUUCACACCCCCAUGUACUUCUUCCUGAUGAAUUUGUCCAUUCUAGACAUUGGCUCCAUUUCUGUCCCAGUCCCCAAAUCCAUGGCCAAUUCCCUCAUGAACACCAGGUCAAUUUCUUAUUCUGGAUGCGUCACCCAAGUCUUUUUCUUUAUGUUUUUUGCUGUAACCGAGUACUCCUUACUCACCAUCAUGGCAUACGACCGAUACAUCGCCAUCUGCAAACCACUCCACUAUGAGAGAGUGAUGAACAGGAGAGCAUGUGUCCAAAUGGCAGCCAGUGCUUGGAUGAGUGUUUUUGUCUACACUGCACUGCACACCGGGAAUACCUUUGCACUAUCCUUCUGUGGAGGCAACAUGGUGGAUCAGUUUUUCUGUGAAAUCCCCCAGCUCCUCAAGCUUGCCUGCUCUGACUCAUACCUCCGUGAAACUGGGGCUGUUGUCUUUAGUACAUGCUUAGCCUUCAGCUGCUUUGUUUUUAUAGUUGUGUCGUAUGUUCAGAUCUUCACCACAGUGCUGAGAAUCCCCUCUGAGCAGGGCCGGCAUAAAGCUCUAUCCACCUGCCUCCCUCACCUCACUGUGGUCUCCUUGUUCUUUUUCACUGUAGCCUUUGCCUACCUGAAACCCUCCUCCAGCUCAACAUCAGGACUAGAUCUCAUAGUGGCUGUUCUCUAUUCUGUGGUGCCUCCAAUGAUGAAUCCGAUCAUCUACAGCAUGAGGAACAAGGAGAUCAAAGCUGCCCUGAGGAAACUUAUGGCGGGGAGGUUAUUCACCAAAAAUGAACUGUCCAUCUUUCGUCUUUGA